ACUGUCAAGUACGUCAACAACAAAUGGCCGAAAAAACGAAAACCUGUGUUGUGAACUGUGCGAUACAAUUUUGUGUUUUUAUUAAUUAAUCAAACAAUUCCCAUAACUUCUGACUGUAUUAUUUACAAAAUUAAAAGUAUGUCUGGCGUGUCGUCGUACAACAACGACAAGGUGGUGACCGGGGAGGUGGAGUACCCGGCGAGCGACCCCGCGUCGGGAGCUUUCUUCCAGCCCGAUUAUAAGAAAAAUGAAGAUCUCAAGAUGAUGCUGGACGGCUCCAAGGACUCUCUGAAGCUGGAGGCUAUGAAGAGGAUCAUCGGCAUGAUUGCUAAAGGCAGAGAUGCUUCAGAUUUGUUCCCGGCCGUAGUGAAGAAUGUUGUCUCCAAGAACAUUGAGGUGAAGAAGCUGGUGUAUGUGUACCUGGUGCGCUACGCGGAGGAGCAGCAGGACCUGGCGCUGCUGUCCAUCAGCACCUUCCAGCGGGCACUCAAGGACCCGAACCAGCUGAUCCGGGCGAGCGCGCUCCGGGUGCUAUCCUCCAUCCGGGUGUCGAUGAUAGUGCCGAUAGUGAUGCUGGCCAUCCGCGACUCCGCCGCCGACAUGUCGCCCUACGUGAGGAAGACCGCCGCGCACGCCAUACCCAAGCUCUACAGCCUGGACCCCGAGCAGAAAGAAGAACUAGUCUCAAUAAUAGACCGUCUGCUGGCGGACAAGGCGCCGCUGGUGGUGGGCUCAGCCGCCAUGGCCUUCAGUGAAGUGUGCACGGAGCGGAUGACGCUCAUACACAAGAGCUUCAGGAAGCUGUGCCUUCUCCUGGCUGACGUGGACGAGUGGGGUCAGCUAGCGCUGCUCAACGUGCUCACCGUCUACGCCAAGACCUACUUCCCGGAUCCUAAUGAGGCGCAAUCAAGCUCCUCAGAAAGCGACAAGCCGUUCUACGACUCUGACAGCGAUACCCCCCGCGACGGCCCCCCACGCCGGCGCCGCAAGUCGUCGUCGGACGCCCCCGGGCUGGACGCGGACCACCGCCUGCUACUGAGGGCCGCCAAGCCGCUGCUGCAGAGCAGGAACGCGGGCGUUGUGAUGGCGGUGGCGCAGCUGUUCUACCACUGCGGGCCCAAUGCUGAGCUGCCACCAGUGGCUAAGGCGUUAAUUCGCCUGCUGCGGGCCCCACUCGAGGUUCAAAGCGUAGUUUUGAAUACUAUCGCUUCGUUGACUGUUAACAAACGGGCCCUAUUCGAGCCAUUCCUGAAGUCCUUCUUCGUGCGCACAUCGGACCCGACGCACAUCAAACUGCUCAAACUGGAGAUCCUCACCAAUCUGGCCACGCAGGCGAGCGCGCCCACCGUGCUGAGGGAACUGCAGACGUAUGUCACUAGCAAUGACAAGCAGUUUGCAGCCGCCACUAUACAGGCUAUUGGUAGACUAGCUCUGUCUAUUGGCAGCGAGACUGAGACUUGUUUGAACGGAUUGCUGCAACUGCUCUCAAGUAAAGACGAGUGCAUAGUGUGUGAAGCCGUGGUGGUGGUGAAGAGAGUAGUCGGAGGUGGGGCGGCGUCUGCGCGCGCCGCCGUCGCCCGUGCAUCUAAAUUAUUGAGGAGCGACCGACUAGCGGGCAACGCGCGCGCGGCAGCCGUGUGGCUGGUGGCCGAGCACGGGGCCAAGCUGCCGCGCGCCGCCGCCGUGCUGGCACACAUGGCCGCCACCUUCCCUGAACAGGAUGAACUAGUGAAGCUACAGCUUCUGACGUUGGCCAUCAAACUGUCCAUCACUCAACCGGACACAUUACCGCUCGGACAAUACAUCGUGCAGUUGGCUCGCUACGACACGUCCUACGAUGUUCGCGAUCGAGCGCGAAUGCUCGGUCGAUUCCUGACCGAUGAGAAGAUGAGGGCAAGAGGCGCCACCGUGUUCCUAGAACAGAAACCUGCCGCCACUACUGAUAGUAGCUUUAAAGACCGUCAGCAGUACACCGUGGGCACACUGUCGCACUACAUCGGCGCGGCGGCGGGCGGCUACCGGCCGUUGCCCGCGUCUCCUGCUACGGCUAUAGGCGCUGAGUUACGAGCCCAGCCGACCCCGGCGGUUACUUCUCCUCAGGAAGACAAGAAGUUCUACUCGAGGCCCAACAGCAGCGGCUCCAGGUCAUCUUCAGGAUCCGGUUCAUCAUCAGAAGAGAGCAGCUCCGAGGAAUCUUCCGAUGAAGAAGCCAGUGACGACGAGGAGGAGGAAAAGAAACCGGAAAAGAAGAAAGAGACAAACAAUAUCAAAUCAACCACCACCUCGUCCGCAAGUGACUCGGAAAGCGACAGUUCAGACUCUGAAGAGAGCUACGAGAGUUCAGACAACAGCGAUGAUCCCAAGAGCAAAGGAGAUAAGACUGACUCUAAGCCCACCACAAACACAACAGCCUCCAAAAAGAACGAGAAGUCGAAUCUGGAGUUACUCCUAGAGCUGGACUCCGUGGCUUCUUCCCUGCCCACCAUGACGCCCACUUGCGGAGGCCUGCUGUCGCCCAGUGCAGGACCGGCUGGAGAUGACACCAUCAAGCCCGUACCAGCCAUGUACACUAGCGGCGAGGGCGUACCACUGCUGUCGCGAGUGUCAUGCGGCGGUCUGUCCGCGACAGUACACUGGACAAGGAAGCCACAUCUGUAUGGGGACAAUAUGCUGGUGGUCGGUCUUAACUUCACGAACCAUAAUAGUGCGCCGUUGCAGCAUCUGAGGGUUGGGAAUAGGAGUCUAGGCGCCUCGCGAAUGAUGCACGAGUUCCUGCCAAUAUCGACCUUAGAGCCGGGAGCGACCAUCCCCGUCACCAUAGGACUCGACUUUGCGGAUUCUAUACAGCCGAUAGAGUUCGUUAUCGCUUGCAGCUUGGGUGAGUUCACGGCAUCAAUAAAGCCGCCAGUGGGAGAGCUGAUGCAGGCCGUCACCAUGACCCAGGAGCGCUGGGACAAGGAACAGAAGAAACUUAGAGGAAUGAAUGAGUGUGAAAAGAAAGCGAGCAAGAUGGACGAAGAGCAAGCGAUUUGCCAGCGAGUGUAUGAGACCGCCAACGUCGCUCCCAUCACGGCUACCGGAGAACUGCUCAGGUUCGCUGGCCGCCUGAUGUCUUCGAAAGAACUGGUUCUACUAUCCGUGAAGAUAGAAGAUUCCACGCUAGUCCGAGCUAACUGCUCUAAUAUGGCGAUAGCUUCGUUACUCGCCAACCAAAUUGCUCAAGCGUUCGCCCGAUAAACACAUCGCUUUAUGUUAUUUUGAACCUUUACACAUUGACUUACAGUUGAAAUCCAGUGAAGAUUUUUCGCCAAUCGUUAUCUAUGUAGUAUUAAAUAGUACCGCAAUGACUAGAUGGCGCCACAAGAGCUGUUUAAAAGAAGCUCUUUUGUGAUUGGCUGUUUAAUUUGACAGUAUUCUCUGAUCGGGGCAAUGUUUGUAAAGGUUAUUUAUGUCAAAUUAAAGCUCUCAAUUAUAAUA